UUGCACGUCGCCGGCAGGAAGUGGCUCUGGGCGGCGCACGUGGGGGGUGGCGCGGCGGGAGGGCGCAUGGCGAGUUCCGCGGGGCUGGCGUUGUGCGGGCAGACGCUGGUGGUGCGGGGCGGCAGCCGCUUCCUGGCCACCUCCACUGCGAGCAGUGAUGAUGACGUCCUCUUCGCAUAUGAUUGCAGCACGGCAGCAGAGAAGUCACAAGAAAGUAAAGGGGAGGACGGGCAGCCCGCGGAUAAGGGGAGUGACACGGUUCUGGCGUCAACCUUCUCCAAGUCUGGCACCUAUUUUGCCCUAACUGAUGACAGUAAGCGUCUGAUUCUUUUCCGUACAAAACCGUGGCAAUGUCUGAGUGUCAGGACCGUGGUGAGGAGGUGCACAGCCCUGACCUUCACAGCCUCCGAGGAGAAACUUCUGGUGGCCGACAAGUCUGGAGACGUUUAUUCCUUUUCGGUGUUGGAGCCACAGGGAUGCGGCAAGCUUGAACUUGGGCACCUGUCGAUGUUGUUGGAUGUGGCCGUGAGUCCCGAUGACUGCUACGUCCUCACCGCCGACCGGGACGAGAAAAUCCGGGUGAGCUGGGCCGCGGCACCGCACAGCAUCGAGUCCUUCUGCCUCGGGCACACGGAGUUUGUGAGCCGCAUCUUCGUGGUGCCCGACCACCCCGAGCUGCUUUUGUCCGCGUCCGGGGACCGCACCCUGAGGCUCUGGGAGUACAGAAGUGGCCGAGAGCUGCACUGCUGUCACCUGACCAGCCUGCAGGAGCCGGCGGAGCCCUGGGGUGACGAGAGGUUUGCCGCCUCCAGGAUCACUUACCGGAGCCAGGACGGCUGCGUGGCGCUGCUGUGUGACUGUAUUCCCGCGGUCUACGUUUUCCAGCUCGAUGCCGCCAGACAGCAGCUGGUUUACAGACAGCGGCUGACGUUUCGGCACAGAGUGUGGGACAUCGCUUUCGAGGAGGGCCGGGGACUGUGGGUCCUGCAGGACCACCGGGAAGCCCCCCUCGUGCUCUGCAGGCCUGUGGGCGGCCAGUGGCAGGCUGCUCCUGAAGACGCCGCGGUAGAGAAAGUCUCCACCCAUCUCCGGGGGAACUGGGCCAUGCUGGAAGGCGUGGCUGGCGUGGACGUCGGUUUCAGUGGUCUCUACAAGGCCACCUUUGACAACGUGACUGCCUACCUGAGGAAGAAGGAGGAGAGGCUGCAGAAGCGGCGGCAGAACCCGGCUGCUGGGCCUAACGGGCAGGCCAAGAAGAUGAAGCCGGGGGAGGCGUCCCUGAGGUGCCCGUCCUAGCCGCCCCCGCGCUCUCGUGGCCUCGAGCCAAAGCCGGCUCUGCUGUCCCCUCUGCCCGCGGCUCCCCGUAAGAAAUGGGGACAUCGUUCCCGACCCACUCUUGGUGGCAGUUAGGUCCGCACCAGCUCCGCACGCGCGUGGGCCGUCCCAGAGGACCGGUCGGUAUCCUGGCUCUAGAACUUUCCGCCGCCGAACAGGCUCUUCUGCCUGGCGUCUUGGGCACCCUUCUGGUUGAAGGGAGACCAGACGGCCUGGUACUCAGCCAGAGGCGCAACGAGCGGUGCCGGUGCCUUGAAGCGCCUUUUCUUCGUAUCGGAGGAGACCGGAACCUGUGGUGGGCGUGGCGGCUGUGGAGCUUCCACUGUUCCCGCGGCGCUGGACGCCUCUCCUCCAGGGGAGUCCGCGAGCUCUACGGCAGCGUGGGCGGCACGUUUCGUCCCCGUGUCUCCCUCUAGAUGGUGGGGCGUGCUGUCCGGCGUGGGGCCCGCCGCCGGGCAGGGCCCGAAACCCAGGCGGGGUGGCUCCGUUCCUCCGGUGGCCGCCACCACUGUCUGCUCGGUCCCCGCCGCCGUGACGUGAGCUGGUCGGGGCGCGGGGCGCAGACUGGACUUCUUCGGGGCAUGAGGACCCGGGAGCCCCGACCGGAACCCAGCUCUCCAGGGAAACGGUGGAGGGUGUUACGUAGAUCUGUGAUUUCCGCGUCAACGCUGCACGGGAUGCAAAGACCCGGGGCGUCCGCUGGAUUCUAAUCACCGAUGAAUAGAGAUGAGCUUUUUGCAGCUUCUGGAAAUGUUUAGGAGCAACAUUUGGAACUAGUUUCAAAAUAUAUUGAGCAAAACCGUC